UAGUUAACCAUUUGCAAACAUGGAAAUUUGGCUUGCCAUUCUCUGCUCUUUUUGCAUAGCUGCAGUCAUUAAAGCCUUAUUUCACUUUCAUUUCCCCUACAGAGGACCACGCCAGAAUCUUCCUCCGGGCCCUGCCACCUUUCCCAUCGUUGGCAACUUCCUAUGGAUCGGCAAAACCUUCCUGGAAAUUGAAUUAGCCAUCCGAAACCUCCACCAAAAGCUUGGUCCCAUGAUAACUCUUCAUAUUGGUCCUCACCCUGCAAUCUUUGUUACUGAUCGUUCCCUUAUCCACCAGGCUUUAGUACAAAAUGGAGCUGUUUUUGCUGAUCGGCCUCCAGCCUUAGCCACAGAUAAGAUUCUCAGCAGCAAUCAACAUACCAUCAGCACUGCUCCUUAUGGACCAACCUGGCGUAGUCUUCGCAGAAAUCUCACAGCUGAAAUGCUUAGCCCUUCUCGCAUCAAGUCUUAUUCUCAUGCCCGUAUCUGGGUUUUGGAAAUCCUAAAAGAGCGGCUCAAGUCAAAAGCUAGUACUGAUGAAGCUGUGCUUGUUGUGGAGCAUCUCAGAUAUGCCAUGUUCUGCCUAUUAGUCCUUAUGUGUUUUGGUGACAAGCUUGAUGAAAACCAGAUCAAACAGAUAGAGGAUGCUGAGCGUCGCAUGCUAUUGGGCCAAGUGAAAUUCAGUGUGCUUAACUUCUGGCCAAGAAUGUCAAGGAUUUUGUUUUAUAAACGUUGGGAGGAGUUCUUGCAAAUUCGCCGGAGUCAAGAAGAAAUAUUCAUCCCUUUGAUAAGGGCACGGAAGAGCAAGGCGAAAGAGGAUAAAGAGAGAAAAGAAGAUGAACAUGAGAGCGUUUUAUCAUAUGUUGAUACGUUGUUGGAUCUACAACUCCCAGACGAGAAGAGGAAGCUUGAUGAGCAUGAAAUGGUGAGUUUGUGUGCAGAGUUUCUUGAAGGUGGCACUGAUACCACAGCCACAGCGUUGCAGUGGAUCAUGGCGAAUUUAGUUAAGUACCCAGAUAUUCAAGAGAAUCUAUUCAUGGAGAUCCAAAGGGUUGUGGGAGAGAGAAAGGAAGAGGUGAUAAGAGAAGAUGAAUUGCAUAAGAUGCCUUAUCUAAAAGCGGUGAUUUUAGAAGGACUAAGACGCCAUCCUCCUGGACAUUUUGUGCUACCACACAGAGUGACAGAAGAUGUGGUUCUAAAUGGCUUUUUGGUGCCCAGAUAUGGGACAGUGAAUUUCCUGAUAGCACAGAUGGGAUGGGACCCGAAAGUCUGGGAAGAUCCUAUGGCAUUCAAGCCUGAAAGAUUUCUGAAUGGUAGUCAGGAAUUGUUGGAUAUUACUGGCAGCAAGGAGAUCAAGAUGAUGCCAUUUGGAGCAGGGAGAAGGUUCUGUCCUGGCUAUUCUUUGGCCACGCUUCAUUUGGAAUACUUUGUUGCCAAUUUGGUCUGGUGUUUUGAAUGGAAGGCUGUUCAAGGGGAUGAUAUCGAUUUGUCAGAGAUGGAAGAGUUCACAGUUGUAAUGAAGUUUCCAUUGCAGGCUCGUAUAUAUCCAAGGACUAAGUAAGGCUACUACAGUUGUUAUAAAGUUUCCAUUGCAGACUGCAACUAUGUGUAAUAAGGUUGUUAUUUGAAA